GCGGUGUGUGAGUGUGUGUGUGUGUGUGUUAUACACGAUGUUGUUAUGUCGGUUGUUGUUGUGGGCAGCACGUGCUGUUCCCCCGCCCCCGCGUUGUCAGGGUAACGUGAUGCGUGCUGACGUCAGCGGGUGAGCUUAGCUCGGUCUCGGCUCUCGGUAACGGCGGAGUUUCUCCGGUGAGGAUGGAGGUGACUGUGUCGAUGGACCCGCUGUUUCUGGCCUGGAGCUCCUGCAGGCGGCGCAGGUUCCAGCGGUGCGCGGAUAUCUGCUCCACACUGCUGGGGGAGAGCCCGUACGACCAGGCGGUGUGGAGCCUGAAGACGCGUGCGCUGACGGAGAUGGUGUACAUUGAUGAGGUGGAGGUGGAGCAGGAAGGCAUUGCAGACAUGAUGCUGGACGAGAGCUCCAUCGCUCAGGUGGCCCGUCCAGGAACAUCACUGAGGCGUCCCGCCACGAGUCAAGCCGGCGCCCCCACUCCAGCCGUCAGGCCGAUGACCCAGUCAGGUCGACCCAUCACAGGGUUUGUGAGGCCCAGCACUCUGAGCGGUCGACCGGAGACCAUGGAGCAGGCCAUCCGGACCCCUCGCACCGCCAGCACAGCCCGGCCUGUCAGCAGCGCCUCGGGGAGAUUUGUGCGCCUGGGGACGGCCUCCAUGCUGACCCAUCCAGACGGACCGUUCAUCAACCUCUCCAGAUUAAACCUGGCCAAGUAUGCCAAGAGACCCAACCUGUGCAAGACCCUGUUCGAGUACAUCUUUCAUCACGAAAACGAUGUCAAAUGUGUGAGUAUUGUAUUCCUGAUGUGCUUUCAGCUGAUCUCUGAGCAGUGGAUCAGGCUCUACAUCUGCUGUGUGUGUGUGUGUGUGUGUGUGUGUGUGUGUGUGUGUGCGUGCGAGCAGGCUUUGGAUCUGGCGGCUCUGGCCACUGAGCAUGCUCAGUUCAAAGACUGGUGGUGGAAGGUUCAGCUGGGGAAGUGCUACUACAGGCUGGGUUUGCUCCGUGAAGCAGAGAAGCAGUUCAGGUCAGCUCUCACUCAGCAGGAGUUUGUGGACACACACCUGUACCUGGCCAAGGUGUAUCAGCGUCUGGAUCAGCCCAUCACUGCCCUCACUGUGUUCAAGCAGGGUCUGGAUCAUUUCCCUGCUGAGGUCACGCUGCUGACAGGCAUCGCUCGUAUACAUGAGGAGAUGAACAACAUGAGCUCGGCCACAGAGUACUACAGAGAGGUGCUGAAGCAGGACAACACACACGUGGAGGCCAUCGCCUGCAUCGGCAGCACACACUUCUACACCGACCAGCCGGAGAUCGCCCUGCGCUUCUACAGGCGUCUCCUGCAGAUGGGCGUCUUUAACUGCCAGCUCUACAAUAACCUGGGCCUGUGCUGCUUCUAUGCGCAGCAGUAUGACAUGAGCCUGUCCUGCCUGGAGAGGGCGCUGGCGCUGGUGUCCGGAGACGAGGAGCAGGCCGACGUCUGGUACAACCUGGGCCACGUAGCGGUGGGCAUCGGGGACCUGACUCUGGCCUACCAGUGCUUCAAACUCUCUCUGGCCUUCAACAACAACCAUGGAGAAGCUUAUAAUAACCUGGCUGUGCUGGAGCUGCGCAAGGGCCACAUUGAGCAGGCGAAGGCGUUCCUGCAGACGGCCGCUUCACUGUCUCCACACAUGUAUGAGCCGCACUACAACUACGCCACACUCUCUGAUAAGGUUGGUGAUCUGCAGAGCAGUUUUACAGCCGCUCAGAAGUCUGAGGACGCUUUUCCAGAGCAUGUGGACACACAGCAGAUCCUGAGGAGCCUGAGACAACACUUCAGCUCACUGUAGACACACACACACACACACACACACACACACACACACACACACGCUGUAGCUGAUCUAGGCUCAGCUGUGAGGAACAGCUGGGCUCAUUAUAGGUGUGUUGCUCCAGCUCUUCAGCACACACUGUAGAUGCGCAGACGCAUGUGUUGUGGGAGUUCAGUGUUGUCUCUGUGUGAUUGGCUUUAUCAGCACACUGACGUCAUCAGUCCUGAGUCCAGCAGUGAGCUUCAGUAAAUGACCAUCAUUACUCUACAUGCUGUCUCCCCUGUCUGCAUACAGAUGACAGACACACACUCAGAAGACUAUUGAAGACUCAGAACAACAGAAGACAAUGACGAUCAGACACACGCAGACUCAUCAUGACUAUAUAUAUAAUGAGAGGGAGGGAGAGAGCUUUCACAGCUUUAAGACGCUUCAUUCAGAGAGGUUUGUUAGUGGAUUUUGAUGCAUUUGUGGAUGUUUUUAUCAUCGUUUUCCAAAUCAAUCAGUUCUUCUGCAUUCAGUGUGAUUAUCAUAUUAGUUUCAGCAGUUUCAUCUCUCCAUAAUGACUGAACACUGAUCAUCUACAGCUAUGGGUUAGGAACUGAGAUAUGCGCAUAUUUAAUUAUCCUCAUAGUGAAAUAUAGCUGGAAUAAUGACUGAUCACAGGUGAAGGAGGAGUGUAUUUCUGUUGGACUGUUGGUGUACGAGACUGAUUUAUUCCACUCAUCUUGAUGAAUGUAUUCCUGAGACCUUUUAAAAUCUGAAUUCAAAUGUCCUAUAAAAUAUAACGAAUGUAAAUCUGUUAGUCUUGAUUAGCUACAGGUCGAUGAUGUCAUCAUCACGCCAAUACGGGGAAUCUCCCACCUGUACAGGUCAGUUCAUCUGGAAUCAGCCCUGCUGCAGGUCUCGGAGCUGGAGAGUCCCUCUCUUCUCUUUAACAGUGGAUAUAUUAAAUUCUUGUAUUAAAUAA